CCUUUGCGUCGAGACUUCAAUAUAGCGCAACUAUUCUCCUCCACCAUCACCAACGUGGAAUUCAUAGAAAUAUUGUUCAGCUGGACUGCGGGGCUCCACUCUACAUAUUAAUCGGAGAAUAAUCGUUCCAAAAUGGCAUCGCAGAAUGUGAAUGUUCUUCUUUCGUCCUUCCCAGGACUUGGUCUUCCUUCGACUCUUUCCUUUUCUCUUCCGACUACGUCGACCAUCUCAGAUCUCACCGAAAAGGUUACCUCUUAUCUGCCAUCUUCAACGCCGUUGCAGUCGCUUGUAUUGACUACCACUAACAACAAACAACUGAUCCCCUCCGCUGAGCGUGUACUUUCUCUCCUCACCGUUCGCGAUGGCGACUCUUCUACGACAUCCAGCCUCUUACCGCUUCGUCUUACCGUGCCCCUGUGCGGAGGAAAAGGAGGUUUCGGUUCUCAGCUCCGUGCCGCUGGUGGUCGCAUGUCCAGUAAGCGCAAGCGCAACCAGGGCGAUGACAAUGGUUCCAGCCGAAAUCUUGAUGGUCGUCGUAUCCGUACUGUCAAUGAAGCCAAGGCCCUCGCCGAAUAUCUUGCGGUCAAGCCGGAGAUGGACAAAAAGGAGAAGGAGGAACGCCGACGCAGAUGGCAGUCUGUUGUCGAUGCAUCGGAAAAAAGGCAGGAGGAGUUGAAAAACGGCGGCGGGAAACACAAGAUCGACGGUCAAUGGAUGGAUGAUAAGGAGGAAAUGAACGAGAAAGCCAGAGAGGCGGUGCUGCUGGCGAUGAAGGAGGGUGCUUGGACGGACAACCUUCGCGACACAGUCUUGGGCGGAUCGAGUACGAGUGCCAGUGAAGGCAGUGAGCGGGAAGCAUCAUCUAGCUCUGAUGGAGAAAGCGAAGAUGAAAACAAGAUGGAAGAUGCACCAGGGCCUUCUGAGCCAGCACCCAGGAAGUACAUUGGCUUCGAUGACGACGACGAAUUCAUGAGCGACUCCGAUGAAGAAAACGACGACCAAGCAGAAGAGCCUGAAGGCAAGGGCAAAGCUAGAGCUUAAUCCCAGUAGGAUGAUAUUGCGCUCUUGUUUUCUGUGGUCAAUGGCGUUACAAUGUUUACGAGUGUUUUUAAAGAGCGUUGGUUAACUUGGUGUAUCGUGUAUCUACUCAAUUCGGAAUAUAUAUUCUUUUCCUCAGUCUUUAUAAGCUCCAAAUAAUAUUUUCGUCUAAAAUCGCAUAUUUUCA